GCCGCGGGCGUGAGGGGUGGUUGGUGCCGGCUCGGCCAUGCCGGGGGCGCGGCGCUCUCUCGCUUCCCCGGUUGUGAGCGGCGUUCUCUGCCCAUGCGGAUCCCCGCAUGGAUCUGCGGUGGAGAGCGGCGGCGGCGGGGGGAACGCGGGGUCCUGCGGGCGGUCGCUGUCCGAGGCUUCCGAGCAGGACCGCCGUCUUCGCGCCCUGUUCCAGAAGCUCGACGUGAAUCGAGACGGGGCGCUCUGCAUCCACGAUCUGGCCGUGGGGCUGGGUCGCCUCGGCCUGCACCGCACAGAGCUGGAUCUGCGGGGGCAUAAAAAAGCUGAGUAUCAUGUGAAGAGAAGAGAUAAACACAUGGGUGCUGCCAAGGAUGUGCCACCACCUGAGUCCUACAGGAAGGAAGAAGAGUUUAAGAAUAACUUCUGAGUCACUGAAGAGAUACUUAAUUCAAGUGACAGCUCCUAUUCUCUCCCUGUUCUGGGAGUGGUGCCCCAGUUUCAGUGCUUUACUUGUGCAGUCUUUUUCAGAGUUUCCGGUUCCUUUCUAGCUUUGACUCUCCAGAAUCUUAGCUUCUAACAUUCCUUUUUGGCUGGCAUCUUCCUAACUGCUGUAAAAUAUGAGAAUUCCUUGGCAGUGUGAUCCUGUGAGUAGUUUAGUUGUGCUGUUUCUAAAGAUAACAUGAGUGCCACGGGGGUUUUCUUCUGGGUGCGUUUGGGUAUGUAAAUCUGAUUUUACCACAAGUCACCUGUGCAUGUCCUUUUGACACUGACCUGCUGCCACCUGUGGGGCCCAAUCCUUGACCUCUAGCAAAAGUCCCUCAUGACCCAGUAUGUUCUGUGCUUACGCCUGCAUGCCUGCCUCUGUUUGCAUUCCCUUUUCUUUGCAUGUAAUUCAAUCCAGC